GGAUUCAACUCAAUCAAACAAAUAUAGGCCAGCUGUUCUUCUUGUUCCUUAUUUCUUUUUCUCCUCCCCCAUUCUCAAAUCAAUCAUCACCAGCAAAUCUAUUAAUUCAAUCCGCCAUGGGAAUGUCAAUAGCUUUCUCACACCAAAGCUUAUUGGGUACUAACUACGCCCUUCCAUUUUUUUCCCACAUAAUUUCCAAAACCUCUACCAAUAUCCCAAACCCCAAUUCCAAACUUCACACUACCAUUUACAACUCUUCCUUCCAAUCCCAUAAUCAUCAUCAUCACAAAGACAACGACGACAAUUCUUCUACCAGGAUCUGUAGGAAGGAAACCCAUCUGGCUAAGCUAGCCGUGGUCACACUAGCCGCCGGAGUUUUAGCACUGAGCUCAGUAGAUCCAGCAUCGGCCGCCAAGAGUGGCGGCAGAGUUGGAGGUCAGGCUUUCCGCCCUUCAGCUCCUCGCCCUUCAAGUCCUAGAAUCAACAAUUCAAGGACCAAUAUCUAUAUUAAUCCUCGAGUUGCUCCACCUCUGGGUGGAGGAUAUGGAUACGGAGGAUAUGGCGUACCGUUCUAUGGAGGUUGGGGAUGGUCUCCAUUUUCAUUCUUUGCCCCUGGACCUGGUGUGGCGGUUGGGGUUGGAGGUGGGUUUGAUACACUUGCACUUUUCUUGUUUCUUGGUGCUGCUGCUGCUGUGGUUAGGAAGUUCUUUGGUGGAUCUAGGGAUGAAGAUGAUGAUUACUAGAUAACUUUAAUACUUUUCUUCUUCUUCUUCUUCUUCUUCUUGUGUUUUGGUUCUUCUUUGAUAGUUAAAAAGAAUCAUCUCAUAUGAAUAUCCAUUGUAAUUAACUCGGUUCCAAGAGGACCAUAAAUUGGCUUCAUUUUAAAAAACACUUUUGUAUCUAAAUUAGGUAUGGCAAAAAAUUUGUGAAUGAAUUUGAAAAUACAAAUUGCCCCUA